UAAAGAAAGCUCCCAUUUUAUGUGGUGUUAUACCUACUAGUCAGUGCGAGAUAUUCAUGUGACGAGAGUGGUGCCGAAAGUCAUGGAGGUCUGUAGGAGGUCCUCAUGGCUCUUAACACUCCUUGGGGUCAUUCUUCUCGCCGGGACCUUGCAGGGUGUGCAAGGUGAGGUCGAGAUUGAAGGACCCUCCGAAUCUGAAUGCCGGCCAUACAUUGAAAAAGCACUCCGUGAACUUGAACAUGUUGGAGGUGGAGACGCUGACGUAGGCCAAAGCAAUGAAGAAGCUUCUAGUUUAGAUAAUCUGAGCAUUGACGAAAAGCAAAGCGACGAACAACGAAGUCAGGAAACUUCUGAGGUAGAUAUCGACACUCAAGAAUCUACAGAUACAGAAGCUACAACAGAAGACCAAGAAGACCAAGCAGAAAUCACAGAAGCUAAGACUGAUGAUAGUACUGAAUCAGAAGCUGAGAAUGAUGUUGAAGAAGUGGUAGAUACUGCAAGUGUGGAAACAUCAACCGAAGAAGCACAAAAAGACACAACUGAAACUCAAAGUAGAGAAUCAGAGGAAACUGAGGAUAAAUCGUCAACAGAGCUCCCACCAGAUGGAGAAGAGGUAGAGAUCCCACCAACGAAUGAAUCUAAAGAAACUGAAGAAGAUUCCGCAUCUGUUGAACAGGCGCAAUUAGAAGCACCUCCAAGCGAAAUUUCAGAAGAAACUUCUGUAGAAAAUCAGGAGGCACCUAUAGUUGAGCAGUCGACCCCAGUCGAAUCUUCUAAAGAAGCAUCCGUCGAAGAAACAGAAGAAGUCAAAGAACAGUUGAAAGAAGACGUAAGUAAGGAAGUUUCAGCAGAAGAAGCUCAAACAGUCGAUGAAGCACAGAAAUCCAAUGAGAUUGACGAAAGAACUGAAUCGAAUGAGACGGAAGAAGAUAGGGAUACCCCAUCAGAUGAAAUUCGCACUGAUUCUGAUACGAUCAACGAGGUCUCCACUGAAUCCAAUGAAGAAACUGAAAAAUCGAUAGAAACUCCUGAGGAUGGAAAAGAAGUAAAGAAUGAGGAUGAAGACAAAGAUAGCUCAUCCAGUGAAAAAGAUGAGGACAAACCACUCACUCCUACUGAAGUUGAAGAUGGAAAGAGCAACGAAUCUUUAGAACAACAAGAUGAAGAUCAAAAGAGUGAAGAUGCUGUAGAAUCAAUCAGAGAAAAAAGAGAUGUUGAUGAAUCCGAUGAACAACCUUCAAAGGAACAAGCAGAAGAAGCUAAUGAAACUACAGAAGAUACUCAAAAUAAUUCCACUGAACCUAAUGAAGAUUCUGAAGCAAAAUCAGAAGAACAAGACGCCCAAAAAGUGGAACAAGAAAGUGCAGAAUCUGUAGAAAAUAAAGAAGGAAAUGCUAGUAACUCAACUGAAACUGAAGAGGUUACAAAAUCUGAUGAAGAUAAUGAAAAAUCAGAAACAAACGACAGUGAAAGAGACGAAAAAGUAGAAUCAGCGGAAUCAAAUAUCAAAUCAGAAUCAACUGAAAAAGAUGCAGAAGGAAGUGUUGAAGCCAAAGAAGAUGGAUCCAGCAAGGAAGGCGAUAGUACUGAAGAUGCACCUGAAGAAGAACUAAUAAAUGGAAUGGAAAUCCCUGAAGAUCUCCGAUCGAGAGGCCAUGUAGAGCAACUUUUGAAAUUGGAUAAAGAAGCAACAAAAUCCGAGGAAAUCAUAGAUCGAGUGUCUGAAAUCACACUCAGAGAAUUGAAGAGAUUGUAUGAAAAUGCUAUCAAACCACUAGAGACCCUUUACAAAUACAGAGACCUCAGCAACAGACAUUAUGGUGACGCAGAAAUAUUCUCCAAGCCCCUGAUCCUUUUUAUGGGUCCGUGGAGUGGGGGAAAAUCUUCAAUCAUCAAUUAUCUGCUGAACGUGGAAUACAACGACACCGCACUAAGAACAGGAGCUGAACCAUCACCAGCAUAUUUCAACCUUUUGAUGUAUGGAGAAGAUGAGGAAGUACUGGAUGGUACACAACUUGCAGCUGAUUAUACUUUCUCAGGAUUGCAGAAGUUUGGACAAGGUCUGGAAGAACGUCUGCGUGGACUCAAACUCAAAAGCAAACUGCUUGAAAAGGUCAAUAUCGUAGAAAUUCCAGGAAUUCUGGAAGUACGGAAGCAGAUCUCCAGAGUUUUCCCAUUCAAUGACGCCUGUCAAUGGUUUAUUGAUAGAGCUGAUAUAAUUUUUCUGGUUUACGAUCCAUUCAAAUUGGAUAUUGGACCUGAAACUGAAGCUAUUCUGGAUCAGUUGAAAGGAAGAGAAUACCAGACCCGUAUAAUUUUGAACAAAGCCGACCAAGUGAAGCCAGAAGAACUGAUGCGAGUUCAGGGAGCACUAAUAUGGAAUAUUUCACCUCUUAUGUCAUCCCCACAACCACCAGUUAUGUAUACGACAUCACUUUGGUCAAGACCUUAUGAGAACUGGGCACCUGUUAGGUUAUUGCAAGCUCAAGAAAGGGCUUUCCUUCGAGAUUUGAGGUCUGCUGUAGACAGAAGAAUCGAAAAUAAGAUAGCAAGUGCACGAAGAUUUGCCGUACGUGUAAGAAACCACGCAAAAAUGGUGGACUGUUACCUCACCACAUACUACAAUCAUAAAUCGAUAUUUGGAAAUAAGAAACACGUUUCAGAUGCUAUCAUUGAGCAUCCUCAAGAUUAUCACAUCUACGAAGGUCUUUCAACAUUGACGAAUAUAUCACGAUAUGAUCUACCUGACCCUGAAGUUUAUAGAGACUUCUUCAAACUGAACCCACUGUACGAGUUCCAACAGCUUUCAGCAACUUGUACUUAUUUCAGGGGGUGUCCUAUCAAUAAGUUAGAUGUAGCUAUUGCCUAUGAUCUUCCAGAGCUGGUAGGCAAGCAUAAGCGUCUGAUUGAAGCUGCUCUUACAGAGAAUAGUAAACAAGAACAAGCUCAAGGAAGUUGAAAAAAAAUUCCAAGAUAAAAUAAAUCAGGAAACGUAGGUGAUGUUGCCUGCGGUGAACAGAGACUGUAGAUAUAACUGGAACCAAAUCAAUCGUUUGUUCAUUCUAAUGACAUUAAAGGAAACUUCUCCUUACAGGUGCUCUUUAAUGACGUUUUCCAGAAUUCUCACGAACAAAGUGCCUCUUGAUUAUUGGCAACCAGACUCUUUCCAAGGACAUUAAAUAAUAAAUUUUAUCAAUUAAGCUUGUGUAUGUAUAGUAUCCUGCAUUGUGUUUUCUACCGCAUUUAUCAUGAUGUCUUUUUUGCAAACGGAGUGUUAUGGCGAAAUCGAUUUCAAAUUUUGAGCUGGUUAUUUGGAAUUUUCAAUCGCCAGAUGUACAAUUCUUUCUCAUCAGCUUCUGAACCAUCAGCAACAUUUGAUCGUUUGUACGCAUUAUUCUAGUCAUUAUCAGGUUUUAUUUUUUUACUUUUUUGUUUUACUCAGAAACCAAACAACAUAUUUGGUCACAUGUCAGUCUUGAUGAAUAAGUGGAUGGAAAAUAUACUUAAUUUUUA